GCGCGCAGGGGUGUGAAAAGGGGGCGUGGUCGCGCCCUUUGUGAUGAUCCCGUGGACUAUUGAUUUCACUUUCUUUUCCACUCUGCCAGCUUUCCCGUUUUCCCACUUUUCCUUCGACACUCGCUCAGGAAGGUCGACUUGAAGAAGUGAUAUGGCCGACGAAAUGGAAAACGAGGGCGUCACAGACUCGCCCAAGAAGGGACCAACUUUGUCCACCAGCACGAGCAGCUUUGAAGCCUUAGACCCUCACGACCCCAAUUUAAGUCGCCUGGCGAACACCAUGUUCCAAAAGACAGGAGACUACUUGUACGGCGAAUUAACUGCCACCCAAGAAGAUUACAAGUUGCUGGAGAACAUGAACACAGUCACUGCCAAAAAGUACUCGGAUAUGCGGCAAAUCGCCAGCAACGUCUCCAAGAGUCUGUUUGAGCUCAAUGAGAAAUACAAAAGCCUGCAGCCGUACCUGGAGCAGAUCGAUCAGAUUGACGACAGCGUCGCUAAACUCGAACAAGCCGCGUACAAGUUGGAUGCCUACUCAAAACGGCUGGAGGGAAAGUUCAAGCAUUUGGAAAAGAAAUAGUCAAGAGAAGCAGCUCUUUUAAUGUCUCUGAAAAUUCCAUUUUAACCGUUAAGUUUGUGCAAAUGUGAUAUGAGUGAUUGUAAAUUCGCUGCAUGGGAUUUGUUUUUUAUUUAUCUCUCCAGAUUUUGCAUUUUAACACUCGAAUAUUUAUAAAGCUGUUAUGUAUCUCCAAGAAUAAAAUAAAAAGCUGGCUUAAAAUCAGAA